AUGUGCAAUGGUCAUUAUAAAGCAGAUUAUUUAAUAUCUGAUCAAUGCUUAACUAGACCAGAACAUAAACAUGUAGAGUCAUAUAGUUUACAUUUUUAUAAUAAAAAAGGAUUUGCUUGUGACAAAAAUGGUUUAAUUAUUUGUUUCCCGAGUCAAUUGGACGGGAAAAAUAGACAAAAUGGAAUUCAUUCAACAAUUCAAUAUCGUAUAUUAAAUUCCCCUAAUAAUAUAAUUGCCUCAAAAUGCGAAACUCAUCGAAAAAGAUUUUGCCAAAACGAAAAGAAAAUUAAAAAUAAAUUAAAUUUGUGUAAAGAAGGAGGACCUGCUGAUUCACCUUGGCAUGGAAUUCAAAUUAAAACUGACGAAACAAAUAAUAAUUCAAUUAUUUUAAGUUUGUCUGUAACUAAUAAAAUGUAUCUAAAAUAA